GAGUAGUUUUGUGUCUUAAAUUCAUAGGGCAGAUACUAUGAUGCUUGAUAUUAGCCUAUAGGACCCGGAAAUACGGGAGAAUCGGCUUUUGCUUAGUCCUGAUGAUUUCGAAAUGAAAAUCAGGAGUAUAUAUGAUCAAGCUUCUCACCCUCAUAUUCCUUCAUUAUCACUCAUUCACACAAUUUCAUUUCUUCACUCAUCGCAUCUUUUUACCAGGUCAACAAUAUGUUUUCAGCUUUGAAUCUCGCAACUUUGGCUGCCAUGCUCAGUCACAUAAACUUGGCUCUGGCACAGAGUCAAGGUUAUGCUCAAUGUGGCGGCAAUGGCUGGGCUGGUUCUACCAGCUGUGUAUCAGGAUACACUUGCACAUAUUCAAACGCAUAUUAUUCUCAGUGCCUCCCUGGAUCUGCCGUUCCCACAGCCACACCGACAGUAGUUACCCCGACGACCUUGAAGACCGAGAUAACAAGCCCAACCAGCACCAGUUCCGGAAGUGGUCUUAACGCCAAAUUUGUUUCUCAUGGAAAGAAAUAUUUUGGUCUUGCCACAGAUCAAGGUCUUCUUUCAUCUGGAAAUAAUGCGGCUGUCAUCAAAGCAAACUUUGGACAAGUGACACCAGAAAACAGCAUGAAGUGGGACGCUAUUGAGGGAACACAAAAUAAAUUCAACUUCGCUGGUGGCGAUUAUUUGGUCAAAUGGGCGGGUGAAAAUUCGCAAAUUGUUCGCGGGCACACACUCUGCUGGCACUCUCAACUUCCAAGCUGGGUUAGCUCUAUAACCUCUGCAGCAACGCUCACUAGCGUCCUUCAAAAUCACAUCACUCAAGAGAUGACUCGCUGGAAGGGAAAGAUCUAUGCAUGGGAUGUCGUCAAUGAAAUCUUCAACGAAGAUGGUUCAAUGAGAUCCAGCGUGUUCUACAAAGUCCUUGGCGAAAGCUAUGUUUCUAUCGCCUUCAAAGCUGCUAGAGCAGCUGACCCAAAUGCAAAGCUCUACAUCAAUGACUACAACCUGGAUUCAGCAACCUAUCCCAAACUUACAAACGGAAUGGUUGCACACGUCAAAACUUGGAUCGCUCAAGGAAUUCCCAUUGAUGGAAUCGGUUCGCAAACCCAUCUUUCAGCUGGUCAGGGAGCUGCUUCAAAGGCUGCUUUGACUGCACUUGCCGCUUCUGGUGUCAGUGAAGUUGCCGUCACAGAACUGGAUAUUGCUGGUGCAGGAUCUACUGAUUAUGUCAACGUCGUCAACGCAUGCUUGAGCGUAAGCAAAUGUGUUGGUAUUACUGUCUGGGGUCUCCGUGAUAACGACUCAUGGCGUGCAAGCUCCAGCCCAUUGUUGUUCGAUGCGAACUACUCUCCAAAGCCCGCAUACAACGCAAUCAUGGCAGCAUUGUAGAUGCAUUUCUACUGAUGGAAUGGAGGGUGUUGGUACCUCAAAACUAUUCAAUGUAUAUAGUUGAGUUUAAAGGCAGGCCUGUUGCCAAUGAGUAUGUUUAUAGUGUUUUCGUCAUGCUUUAUCUUCAAUUCUGUAGUUAGGGCCUUUUCAAUAUUAUGCACCACCGGUGGUUGCGUUUA